AUGGUCGCUCUGUUUAUCUUAGCGGCCACUCUCAUCUACGCGAUUGCCAUCGCACCCAUUGCAAGCUACCUCAUAGACAAGAAAAACCUCCGCAGGUUUCCUUCUCCAACCUUCGCGUCAGUGUCAUCACUCUGGCGUGUGGCCCAUAAUGUCAAGUACCGGCACUAUUCAGCUGUGCAUAACGCCCACGAAGAACUUGGAUCACACGUGCGCAUCGCUCCGAACCAUGUCUCCAUUUCUGACCCGCGAGCUGUUCAUGACAUUUACGGACAUGGAGCCAAUUUCCUCAAAGAUGCUUGGUAUGAUGGAGGCGCUGGCGAAUGGCGCCACAUGGCCGAUGCAAGAGUGAAAGAGGAGCAUCAGCGGAAGCGGAAGUUGCUCGCUCAUGUCUUUGCGCAAAAGUCUCUAAACGAACUCGAACCGGUGAUUGCGGAGACGCUGUCGACUCUGGUCUGCCAGAUAAACAAGCACAUCCAGGGGAACCGUGUCAUGAAUAUGAGACGCUAUCUCAACUACUUCACCAUUGACGCAUUCUCAAAGAUGUUGUACAGCGAGUCACUGCAUUGUUUGGAUCGGGGCGACGAUAUUGUCAACGCCCAGACACCGCAGGGUAAAAUCUACAAGGUGCCGUUCAUCAAGUCCCUCCACGACUCGACACACAUCAACACGCUGUUGGGCAUGGAGUCUGGCCUUCUGCCAUUUACACGAAAGAUGUUUGCAUGGCAUCCCUACAAAAAGGCAGGAACAGACUAUGAGAACAUAAUCCUCUACAACACGAACCAGCGGGCGAAAGCCACAGAAGAGAAGGACGACAUAUUCGCCAAACUCAUGACCAAGAGCAAUGGGGAUUCCAUCAAUUUGCCUUACGGGGAGCUACUUGCAGAAUGCUCUGUCAUGUUGAAUGCAGGCACCGACACUACAACAGCCGCAUUAACGAACACGAUUUUCUUGCUCUACAAACACCCACUCAUCCUGGAGAAACUUCGCAAGGAGCUUGAUCCGGUUAUGUCAGCUGGCACCAUUCCCUCCUACAACGCAAUUAGCCAACUGCCAUACCUGCGAGCUUGUAUUGAAGAAUCGCUUCGACUGCGGCCAGCCAGCUCCAUGGGUCUGCCGCGAGUCGUUCCCAAGGGAGGAAGAACGAUUGCUGGGCAUUUCAUCGACGAGGAUGUGACUGUCUCUGUUCCAACAUACACGCUACUUCGAGAUUCCACCACAUUUAACAGACCAGAAGAGUAUGACCCGCAGCGCUGGAUCGAUGGCGAUACUGAGAAAAUGUCCAAGGUGCAUUUGCCGUUUAGCGUGGGCCCACGCGCCUGUAUUGGGAGAAACAUUGCCUACUAUGAACAGCUGCUGGUCAUUGCGACGCUGGUAACGAACUUUGACUUUGAUUUUGCAUCGGCAAAUUUUGAGCUUCCAGUUGUGGAGAGAUUCAAUUCGAAUCCAGGCGAGAUGUUGUUGGCUUGUCGUGCUCGGGUCCUCGUCGAAUGA